AUGGCAGAAGCUUUGGUCAUAGUGGUUCUUCAAAAGAUUACCUCUGCACUUGGAGAAGAGGGAUUGAAAAUUAUCAGUUCGAAGUUACAGAAGCAGGUACCUGACAUGCAAGAAGUAAUCCACAGAAUGAGUCUGGUCCAAAGUGAUUUGUCGAUGAUGCAAGCAUUCAUAAGUCAAGUAGAUGCUCGUAGUUCCAGUGAUAAGUUACUGGAGGCCUGGCUGGAACAGGUAAGACAAGCGGCACAUGAAGCUGAGGACAUUGUUGACGAGUACAUUUAUCUUGUUGGCCAAAUGGAAGGAACAAACAGUUUCCUAAAGAGAGCAUUGAAACAAGCAGCAGAGAUUAAAAGAUGGCGCAAGCUUGCAGCCCAUGCUAAAUUCGUGGAGGAUUGUCUUAAAAAGAUCACUGAGACAAAAAACCGGUUUGAUGUAUCAGUGGCCGACAGUAGGAGAGAUAAUUCAUUGAGUUAUUCUAGCAGACUCCAACAUCUGUCUGAACACUCGUACCUGAAUGAUGAUGUUUAUUUUGUGGGGAACAAGGAAGAGGAUAAGUGCUUAACAGAAUGGCUAUCUGAUUUGAGGAAAGACCGCACUGUUAUCUCCAUAUGUGGAAGGAUUAGGGCUAAAGAUCUCCUCCAAAAAAUCCUACUGCUGCUUAUGGCAAAAAGCGAGAAUAUUCCAGAUGGGCUUGACACUAUGGAUUGCAUGAAUUUAGUUGAACUACUUAGAAGAUAUCUUAAGGACAGGAGAUACUUAAUUGUGUUGGAUGAUGUAUGGAGUAGGGACUCUUGGCCUUUACUAGAUAGUGCAUUUGUCAAGAAUGACAACGGGAGCCGAAUCAUUAUUACGACUCGAAUCCAAGCUGUGGCAUCCGUGGCUGAUUCAAACCGUGAAAUGAAGCUUUGUUUACUACCGAAGGAGGAAGCAUGGACUCUUUUCUGUCAAAAGGUCUUCUCAAGAUUAGAUGAUAGAAGUUGCCCCAUCAGCCUUAAGACCUGUGCUGAAAGAAUUGUAGACUAUCAGAUAGAACGGAAACAGCUAAUCAGACUCUGGAUAGCUGAAGGAUUUGUUCAGGAUAGAGGAGCUGAGAUGACACUGGCAGAUGUAGCUACAUGUUACCUGAAGGAGCUAGCUGACCGUUCAUUGCUUCAAGUUGUCGACAGGAAUGAAUAUGGAAGGCCAAAGAGGUUUCAGAUGCAUGACCUUGUGAGGGAGAUAACUCUAACAAUAUCCAAGAAGGAAAAGUUUGCUACUGCAUGGGACUAUCGAUCUCGUCGAGUUUCCGUACAGAAGGAUGGUAUUCUGAUGCCGGUGAAAAUUUCUGCACAGCUCAGGUCCAUCAUCGUGUUUGUGGAGGAAGUAUCAUUGUCUUGGUUUAGGGACUGUUAUCCAAGUUUUAGAUUGUUGAGGGUCUUGAGCCUGAGACACUGCCAUAUUCAGAAAAUACCAGAUAAUGUGUCUAAUUUGUUUAACUUGCAUUACCUUGACUUGGGAUAUACAUUACUCAAGGAGAUACCAAGAUCUAUUGGGAAGCUUAGCAAUCUGCAAACGCUGUAUCGCAAGGGUUCUGUACUCGAGUUGCCAAGUGAAGUAACUAUGUUAACAAAGCUUCAGCACCUAAUUAUAGAUGUUGGAAGAUGUUGCCUUGGUGGUGGAGGGACCGUAGCCCAAAAAACAGUUGUCUGGUUACAAGUUAAGGAAGGAGGAGGAGAUUACAUGUUGGAAGUAAGAUUACACCAAAAGAGGUGGUUCCCUGUGCUCAAGCACCUCUACUUGAGCUCCAUGGGUGAGUUGAAGGAGGUUGAGAUUGAGGACGGCACCUUGAGAACCUUGCGUCGGCUAGAGCUCUGGGGCUUGAAAAGCUUGACGUCGGUACCAGAGGGCCUUAAAUCACUCCAACAGCUGUGCGUCGGCUCGAUGAUGCCUGAAGAGUUCAUAACAAGGUUAGAAGGAUGCGAUCGAUGGAUUGUUGAACACAUCCCCUACAUUGGAGAUCCGUGA